GUAUUUUGAAUAGAAGCGGUAUUUUUAGUAUACAUGUUCUAUGAGCUACCCUCAUUAAGCUGCGUCUGAUGGUGGCGCUGUUGUGUGUUUAGAUUAUUGUUUAUUGUCAAUGAGUUCUGAUCCUUCUGUCUCUGGCGUUUUAGGCAAGGACAGUUCCUCCUCUGCGCUACGCGCUCAUUUGAAGCGUGCUUUGGGUCUUGAUAAGGGUCGUACUGAAGUUUCUCAGCAUGAAACUGAUAUUGUUCACCAAGGAUCGCCAUCGCAUGUUAUGAAUGCGGGGUUGCCUCCCCCUUCUCCACGUUCCUCUGCCACUGUGGCUGGAGACGCUGUAUCAUCUUUAAGUCAUCCUGAUGUAUCUAGUAUGUCUAAACAUUCUUAUGAGGACGAUGAUAGUGACGACUAUAUGGACGUAUCACUAUCACGUGCUAAAUACCUGAAUGCUAAUAAAGAUGUGAACCCUGAUAUAUUGGAUCAAGCUUUAUCGGAUUGUUAUGGUCGUUUCGUUGCUUUACUUCCUGAGGAGGUACUUCGAGAUCAUGUUCAUUUAUGUUUUUAUUUGCGUGAUGCAUAUUGGUGGUAUUGCGACAAGUGGGUUGUUCGUUAUCCCUUAGACCUUAAGAGUAUGAGUUUCGGCCAGUUCUUAUCUUUGGUAUGUCAGGAUUGUGCUUUAUUGCGUUCAUUUGUAAGUGCCGAGGAUCAGAAGUCGUUAUUAGCUCGUUGGAAACUUUACAACCGCAGCAUUCCUUUGCGUGGUGGUGUUUUAAUAAACGAGAGUUGUGACAAGGUUCUUCUUGUUCAGGGUUACCAGAACAACCGUUGGACAUUUCCUCGUGGUAAGAUUGACGAGGGUGAAUUGGAUUCUUCUUGUGCAGUUCGUGAGAUUUUAGAAGAGGUUGGCAUUGACGUGAGUGGUUUGAUUAACCCUGAUAUUUAUGUUGAAUCUGAGAUUGAGGGUCGCAACGUAAAGUUAUUUUUUAUACCCGGUGUGAGUGACUCCAUUGAUAUGCAACCGAAGACAGAUUACGAGAUUCGCAGCAUUGGAUGGUUUAGCUUCAAGUUGUUUCAAGACUCGCCAACUCGUCGGAACAGUGGUUGCUUAACAUUCCAUGUAAAGCAGUUUACGCGUGAUAUCAUAGACCUUAUUGAACGGUUUCGCGCUGGUAAGUUGCGUGAGCAAUUUCCGGUAGCUUACGAGACCUUUUUACGUACGGGUGGCAAUUGUCCAAAUCGCAUGUUACCUAUUUUAUGGAACGACAGUGCUUCUAAAAGUGAGAGCACGUUACGUUACAACGAGGAUGACUGUUUGGUUACCUUUGGUGAGAACAGCGGUUGGUCUGCGGACGAAAUGUUCCGCGUGAAUCGCGAGAAGUUUGGUGUCGAGUCCACCUACACCGGUCAGUCUCCCGACGGUAGCACUGCGUUGAAAAGGGAACGCGAGUUGAUACCUUUUGAUUUAGAAUAAUAUUGUUUUUCACGUUAAUACAUAAUACAUAGGU